AUGGCAAAUCCAGAUGUGGUAUGUAUGCUGCCUGCCUUUGACACCAGGGAUUGCAUCCUUCAUGGUGCUUGGGACACCUGGGGUGAGUGGCUUUGGUUUGUGUGGACUUACAGCAGUGGUUGGAAAGAAUGGUUUCCAGCCUACCAGUUUUUGAGCAGGCAUGCUAGGAUGCCUGAACACAAAGACUGGGAUAUGCGCUACAUCAAACACACCAAGAGUGAUUGGUGGUAUAACACCCUGCCACAAUACAGCAAACUAGCUGCAGUUGCUUGUUUCUUGAACCUGCUAUUGUUUUUCAAUGCCUUUGCAAUCUAA